GCUGCUGUCAGACGUCCUCUGCGGGUCACAGCAGAACAGACCGACACCGAGCUGGACACUGCUGCUUCACUUCAGCUGCUCCUCCACUGGGACACGACAUGAAGCUCUGCCUUGGACUGGUUCUGCUGCUUUGUUCUGGGAUGGUGCAUGUAGGUUCUGGGCUUCGCUGCUACAAGUGUUCAGAUUACACAGGACGCUGUGAGAACGUGCAGGAGUGCACCUUUGAAGACUCGUGCAUCUCUCUGAAAGAUCAAGGUGGGAAGACGAUCCGGCAGUGUAUCCGGUACACAGAGUGCGAUGUGUCCCGUCUCACCCAGAUGUUCCCGUCCAUCUCCAGAUUCACCUACAGGUGCUGUAACAGUAACCUGUGCAACUCGGGCUCCACGGCUCCCGCUGGGACCCCGGUGCUGGUUCUGCUGUGGUCCCUGCUGAGCAUUUGGUGGUUCUGGUCCUGAAUCCCUGCUGCUUUCUUGAUAACUACUAAUCUUUAGCUUGCUGAUUGUUUACAGGCUCCUGCAGCUCCUCAGGUCUCUUCUGUAAAUCUAACUGUAUUCAUUUAAAAUUUGAUUUCUAUUUGACUGGAAAUAAAAACCUUUUU